GUUCGGUCCGAACGUCAGUUCACCGGUUAUCCAACAACAAAUAAUAAACAAUAAAAUAGUGUGGGUGAUUGUUAUCGAUCGUUUUUGGUAGAUCAAAGUGUUACCAUUGAACGAAAAUUCGUACGCGGUGUGCAGGAGUAUUGCUCCUGGGGAGGCAUGCUCAACAAUAUCUCCGCUGGAGCUUCCGUCCAUGGCAUCACCGGAACGAAGGAACUUCACGCACAGGAGCUGAAGCACGAGAAAUUGGAGAGCGUGCUGGGGGCGAAUUUGGCUGGUACUCUGUCCAGUGGUGGAGGCCUGACACUCCAUCAAGAAUUGAUAAUGGGGAUGCCGGGAGCAGGUAAUGCUGGGGCUAUUGGUCAGGGUGACGACAAACCGGCGAAACAGAAGAGACACCGAACGCGAUUUACACCAGCACAGUUGAACGAAUUGGAGAGGUGCUUCGGCAAGACCCACUACCCGGACAUCUUCCUCAGGGAAGAAAUCGCCAUGAGGAUCGGACUCACCGAGAGUAGAGUGCAAGUUUGGUUCCAGAAUCGUCGAGCCAAGUGGAAAAAACGCAAGAAGACGACGAAUGUCUUUAGAACACCUGGUGCAUUGCUACCGUCUCAUGGAUUGCCGCCUUUUGGGGCGAUGGGUUCAGAUUUGUGUGGGGCCGCAGCUGGAAUGUUCCACGCACCCACCGACCGGUGGGGAAUGGGUCCAGGUCUUGGGCAGCUGGGCCAGGGUGGAAUGGGCAUGGCUGGAUUUGGGCAGAGUCUGGGUCAGCUCAGCCAGCAGAGUUCAGGUGGUCUGGGCUCUAGUCUUGGACUUGGCAACUCAACACUGCCCAUCAGUAGUCCCUCGCAGACUGUUUAUCAAGCUAGUUAUGGACUUAAUUCCUUGGGUGGUGUUCAUGUGUCAGCGUCCCGGGGUUCGCCACCGGGUGCCUUGACAGUGGGUACCGGUGGACAGGGUGGGCUAGGGGGUGGUAUGAACUGCGGCCAGGGCUCACCAGGUGCGGCAUCCGGCAGUGGUGGUGGUGUUUCCUGUGUUAGUGGCGAUGGUGAAGCAUCAGAUUGGAGAGGUGCACACAGUAUUGCAGCCCUGAGGCGUCGUGCAUCCGACGCAUCCCAGCAAUACAGCCCUCAGCCGCCACCACCCCCAGGACCGCCCCAGUACUCGUCCCACGAUCUCGAAUACAGUUCCGUGUACUGAACUCCAUCUCUUCCAGAUAAAUAAUAAAUUGUUAAUCUCCCACGAGGAGAUCAAACCGGAAAUCAUUGGUAUACGAACGUUUUUCAUUUUAAUCAUUUUCUCCACGAGGCAUUCUACGUUAAUUCCAACGGAAUUGAAAUUAAAAAAUUUUCAUUGCCCAUUUUUUAAUUUUUCAUUGAUAAUACAAUCAA